CGAUAUUUUUCUACGUGAUAACGAUAACAAUCGUCAUAUUAUAUUACUACGUGUACUUAUUCAACAUGAUUUGGUUUGUGUUCGUGAGAUGUAGAGAGAGACAUGACCUGGUGGCAGCCAUGGUUAUCUUGUCGCUCGGCGUGUGUAGCGAAGUGUCUGUCAUCAAGUUAGGUUUCAUGGCCUUCAAUAGGUAUAUUAUUUUAUUUUUUUACCGACGGCUUGACAAAGACCUCACUGUACCUGGUGAUAACUUAAGGAAAUCCCAAAAACAUGUGGUAAGAGGUAAUCAUCACGGAAAUUCGGCACAGUUAUAUGGGUCUGCAUAUUUGCUUCAUCACGCACCGCAUGAAGGACCCUAAGUUACGUGCGAAGUCUCGUAAUGCCCAGAAUUUCACUAUCUACAUCUUAUUCUUCUUCUUCAGGCUUUGGCAAUCCGCUGCUGUUCAUAGCUGUACCUUAAAAAUGGCCAUACCUAUCUCUUAGAAGCGGCCUCCACCUAGCUAAAAUGCUCUUUAAACUCCAGUACACCCGUGCUGAUUCAGCAAAAAUAGAGGACGGUAGUACCUAUCCAGACGGCCUCUUUUACCAUUAUAUUUUGAUAAGUAAUCAGCACCAUCCAUUAAUAUGCCUAUGAAUUUAUGAAAAAUGGAGGAUAUUGCUAGAGUUAACAGUUUUCAUUUAAUUUAAAUUUACUAACACUUUUUGUAAGUGGACAAGUCCUUUAUGAGUAAAUAAAAUGAUAAUUCUCCAACCCAAUAUGGUUUGGCAUUAAAAUGAAAACGAAAUCCAUUAUUAGGUACUUACAUAAGUAAAUACUGAACUAAACGCAUUAUUUUCCAAUUAACAGAGAAUGCCCAUCUUUAACAUAUAUUUCAAACGUUAAUAAGCUAAACUACAAUGUCUUGGAAGGUGUAAUUUGUAAAGUAAUUUACUAUGAUUACAGGUAUGAAUGAUAAUGUUUCUUAAGAGCAUAACAUUAGACACGGAAGAAUAAUUUCCUUGAUACUGAACUACUGUUGUUUAAAGAAAGAUAUAUUAUUUGAUUUAGUGCUAAUGCCAAAAUGUAGGCCCUGGAUUCGAUUUCCCAUGUCAAACUAAUUAUAAUUCGGAUAUUCCAAACCAACUUAUAAUUUGCCUAGUGGUCUAAUUUGUACACAACAUAGUAUAAUCUUAUUAAGGCAGAAGCAAGCUAGCGAACUUGCAUUGAUUACUACUACUCCUUGACUGUCUCAGUGAUGUAGAUCACGUAGAGUUCUCGGGUUUGAGGCCAAGGUCGGGAAAAAUCAUAUUGAGUUUUUCUGCUCAGUAAUAGCUCGAAGUCGGGAAUUAUACCCGGUUAAUAACAAUAGGCUCAUCCACUAUAACAUGGGACUUUACAAUAUUUAACGUACUUAACGAAAUUUGGGCGUGUUUCACUUCUGCCUACCCAUGAAGAGGGAAAAAGACGUGUUGCUAUGUAUAUAUGUAUACUACUUCUUUGAACAUUUUGGGGUGAACUAACAUGUGAUAAAUAUUUCAGUGACGAAGUACGAUCAAUCGUAGACCAUUUCUUAGAAUGUGAUGCAAGUGUAUUGCCCGGCACCCGAUAUUAUAACAACAUAAUGAAAACUCUAAGAAUCGUGAAGCGACGCGCUGUUGGGUACUGGGUGACGAUCGUGAUGAACGGGAUUAUUUAUAACAUCACCCCCAUAUUUAGGUCAGGACGACAUCUAUCUGAGGACCUGAUGGUGAUUUACGGUCUCGAACCAACGAUUGAAACGCCAAAUUACGAAAUUUCGUCUUUAUUAAUGACAGUCGCUGUGAGUUUUGUCUGUUUUACUGUCGCUAGCACUAGUGGCAUCAUAAUAAUACUAGUAGGUUACGUGGAAGCGAAUAUGCUUUCAUUAUCUGUAGAAAUCAAAGAAAUAUGGAAUGACGCAGUAGCUGAUAAAAAAGAGAAGAAAGAGUACCAACAUCUCAAAAACCAACCGAUGAAAAUAGUAAAUAUGUAUGUGAAACGUCGUCUCGUUAACAUAAUUGAAAGGCAUAAGGCAAAUAUAAAUCUGUUGAGCGAUGUAGAACAUCUUUUCCGAAUUCCAAUUGGUGCAGGAUUUUUAUGUCAAACCAUAUCGAUCGUAGCGGAAUUGCUUGGAGGACUCAAAAACACUUAUCUAGAGGUACCGUUUGGGCUAGUUCAGAUUACCAUGGACUGUUAUAUCGGCCAGAAAGUUAUGGACGCCAGUUUGAUCUUUGAGGAAGCGGUAUACGAUUGCAAAUGGGAGAAAUUCGACAAUUCAAAUAUGAAGUUGGUGCUAACGAUCCUUCAGAAUUCUCAGAAGACGAUGAGGUUGUCUGCCGGAGGAAUGGCGACCAUGAGCUUCAGUUGUCUCGCGUCUGUGCUAAAUUCCAUUUACUCCACGUAUACCACGCUACAUGCAAAGAUAAAUAAAAAUACCAGAAGCAAUUGAUAUCACUUAUUAACUAUAUGUAUUAGGAAGUCACUGAAUUUUCAACAUUAUCUAAAAUAAAUAUCUAAGUAACUUAA